AUGUCGUCGUCACUCAGCAACCUCAGCGCCGCGGCGCAAGACCGCAAAGCCCGCCUCGCGCAGCUCAGAGGCCUCAAGCGAAAGCAACCCAACGACGAGAUCGCCUCGCCAGAAGCGGAGGACCACCACGCUCCCGCGCAGCCCGCCGCCGAGGACGACCAGCCGGACGUCGUGCGGCAGCACCUCUCGGGCCGCAACUAUGACUUCGAGACAAAGGGCCCCAAGCUCGGCUUCGACGUCAUGCCCAACGAGGGGCACGAGCAGCUGACGCUGGAAGAGCAGGCCGCCGAGGUAGAGGCCGAGGUCAACAGACAGGCGCUCGAGGAAGCACAGAAUGAAAAAGCCAUCGACCUGUUCAAGCUCCAGCCCAAGAAGCCCAAUUGGGACCUCAAGCGCAACCUCGAAAAGAAGAUGGAGGUGCUCAACGUCCGGACCGACAAUGCGAUUGCGAGGCUGGUGCGCGAGAGGAUAUCCGGGGCCCAGAAGGCGGCGCAGAAGAGCGGCGCGGCGGCCAACGGGAGCACCGAUGGGGAGGCGGUCGGCAUGGAUGGAGUGGCCCUUGUCGAGGGCCUGCGGGUACGGCAACAAGAGGAGGAAGAGGAGGAGAAACGCGAGCGCGAGGAGGAAGAAGCUCUACUGGCAUGA